UACAUAAACAGCGACUUUGCCUGCUGUCUGCGUGUUACUGUAGUCUCUCGGGCUUCAUACCUCAUCAAAUAUUCAUGUGGGGCUCACAGUGCAUUAGGAGCUCCAUCCACAGAGAUAGUCCUGAUGCCGUGGGGGAAAUACACAAUUAGAAUCGAUCAGCAUUUGCCUUCUCUGUGCCAGGCACCGGGGGUUCAGGGGUACCCAGCCGACUCCGUCUCGGCUUCCUUGGCUCACAGCCUGCCUAAUGCUGGAGUCGAAAGUCAUCACUGUCACCACCACGUGCUGGGAAGGUUGAGGAGGCGACACUUGCUGCAGGGCAGUGGGGAACCUCUGAAGGCGGGGGUGGGGGGACCAGCGGCACGAUCAGGGCAACGUUAGGAAACUCCGAUGGCCCCCGUGGAGCACCGGCUGCGGGGGGCUGACUUGCCGGCCCUGGCGCUACCCUUGCCCCCCUCCCCCAGCCCCGCAGUCUCCGGGUGGGAUCAUCCCCGACGCCCCCAGGCACUGGAGGCGCGGACGGAGGGAACUUUCGCGGUCACCGCCUCUGCUGGGGAGGCCGCCCGGCGUCUGGGGACUCCUGCAGCCAGCUGCGCCACUGAGCGGCUUUCGUCCUUUGCAGCAAACCCGCAGCACCCCGGGCUGUGGGCAACCCAGCCGCAGGUGAGCCGCCCCGCCCCACGCAGGCGCAGCGCCCUCCGUCGCCUAGGACUACAACUCCCGCCGCGCCUCGCGCGCUCCCAUCGCCCCUCCCCCGCCACGCCGCGCGCCUGCCGGAAAUGGGACCCCGGGGGGCGUCUCCGACCUUUGCGCGGCGGUGGGAGGGCCGGCUGGUUCGGGGAGGCGGCGGGAGCUGGGAGCUGGGAGCUCGGAGCCCGAUGCCCGCCGGCAGCGCCUGGGAUGGCUUCGGCUGGAGGCGGCGACUGCGAGGGCGCCGCGCCGGAGGCGGACCGUCCUCACCAGCGGCCCUUCCUGAUCGGGGUGAGCGGCGGCACCGCGAGCGGGAAGUCCACUGUGUGUGAGAAGAUCAUGGAGCUGCUGGGCCAGAACGAAGUGGACCACCGGCAGCGCAAGCUGGUCAUCCUGAGUCAGGACAGGUUCUACAAGGUCCUGACCCCAGAACAGAAGGCCAAGGCACUGAAGGGACAGUACAAUUUCGACCACCCAGAUGCUUUUGAUAACGAUUUGAUGCACAGGACUCUAAAAAACAUCGUGGAGGGCAGAACUGUCGAGGUCCCAACCUAUGAUUUUGUGACCCAUUCAAGGUUAGCAGAGACCACGGUAGUCUACCCUGCAGACGUGGUCCUGUUCGAGGGCAUCCUGGUGUUCUAUAGCCAGGAGGUCCGGGACAUGUUCCACCUGCGCCUCUUUGUGGACACGGACUCCGACGUCAGGCUGUCAAGAAGAGACCAAGAAGUAUGCGGACGUGAUAAUCCCUCGAGGGGUCGACAACAUGGUGGCCAUCAACCUGAUCGUGCAGCACAUCCAGGACAUCCUGAGCGGCGACCUCUGCAAAUGGCACCGAGGGUCCAAUGGGCGGAGCUACAAGAGGACAUUUCCUGAGCCGGGAGACCAUCCCGGGGUGCUGACCUCUGGCAAGCGAUCGCACUUGGAGUCCAGCAGCAGACCCCACUGAGGAGCGGGGUGCUCAGCCUCCUGGGCAGGACCCCCGACAGUGUUCAGGGUCGGGCCCAGAGAUGCCCACCCGCCCCUAUGAACGCCACCGCUGCUUCCUCUGGGCGCUGUACAGACGGGAUGGGAUGGGGAUCACGGCACCUGUUACACUCAACUGGCUGUUGGCACGCCCUCCCGACAUUUGUACCUGCCUCGUCAAGUUAGAGGGUUAAAAGUCUGAGUUACUGAGAAAUGCCCCAGAACGUGUGGUGAGCCAGUCACGUCUCUUGGGAACGCGGAGCACGCGGCCUGGGUGUGGUGGCCGUCCCAGCAUGUGCUUGACAGGAACCCACAGCGAGAGCGACUCUUCCAGGACGACCCAGUUCCCACACACAUGCGACUGAAACAGAGGUUUGAGGAGAGUACGUCCCCUUUCUGUGUGUUACACGUGCGAACGUUCUGUCAUUCUCCCACGUGAGUGGUGACCCAGGAAGCGAGUUUCGUGCCCCGCCGGUGGGUGCGAUCCAGCACAGCACACCCGCGCGUACGGAGCCACAGAGAGCUUUCCUUCCUCCUGGGCUGUGCGCCAGGGAAGGAGCCCCCGCAACGAGCCUUUCCUCAACCAGCAGCAAACACAGGGCAGCACCUGCCCGCCCAGGCCAAGCCCGGCUCCGCGGCUGGGGCGGAAGGCAGGCUGGCGCGCGCCCUGUACCCUGGGUCCUGGGCGCCGUGUGGACAGGGCACAGCGCCCGACGCCAGCCGGUCUCCUUGCACACACCCAGCAUCCCCGGCUGCACGCACGAUGCCUGCGACCGGUGUCGUCCUCAUUUUGUCUUCCCUCCCACGAGACCCUGUUUGUGUCGAAAGGACGCUUUCCCCUUGCCGCCGUCCAAGCCGCAUGGGCACCCGCCGUCUCCUGCUUUCGGGCCCCGAGUCUAGUUACACAGCUGGGACCUCACGAGCGCGUAGCCGCGGCUGCUUUCUGAUGGCCGUGUGACAGUCUCAUCAGCUUACUGUGCCCUUUGGAGAAUCAAUAAAUAACACCAAAUACCA